AUGCGAAACCUGUCGAAAUUUUAUGCACCACCAGGAAGUACGGAAAAAGCUGCAUAUGCUUUGUUAAAACUCGAAAAGGAUUCACCGAUUACAAUACUUACCGGUUUCUGUGUGACAGCAAGGCUUGUAGAUAGUGAAAAAGUGCCGGUAGUCGAAACAGAUGGCCCUCCAGGUGCAGUGCUUGCAGGUGAAACACUUCGAAAACUUUCCUAUCGUGUGUCAUAUGUUGCUGAUCCUGUUACAUGUAAUGUUCUCCGUGCGUGUUUGAAAUCAAUCAAAGCUGAUGACAAUUGUGUUCACGAAUUUUAUACAGGUCAUGAUGAAAAAGAACAGGUUGCAGAAGCGCAUAGACUCAUUAACCAGCUUAAGCCCAAAACGAUGAUUGCUGGAGAGCUCUGCAGCCGAAGUUGGAAUGAUGGAAUUCGUCGCAAUAUGAAGGGUGAAAAUAUUAAUGAUUGGAAUCCGCCAGUCGAUGAAAUGCUCGUCCAAUUUAAAGGUAGAGGUAUUAUUAUCGCAGUUGGUGAUGGUGGCAAUGAAGCUGGCAUGGCGAAUCUAAAAGAUAAUAUCCCGCUCGCCUCAGAUGGGAAAACUAUUAUGGCAAGUGGUGUAUACUCAGAUAUUCCUGUUACAUCAUGGAAUUCAAAUCUUGGUUUGCAAGCAGUUGCUUCCGUUGCUGCCGCAAUGGAAAGUAGAUUUGAAUUGAUUCCAACGGCAGAUCAAGUCAUCAAGAUAAUUGAAGCUGCUUUGAAUGCGGGUGCAAUAGAAGGCAUCACUCAAGGGAAAGAAGAAAAUUCUUUGAACGGAAUUUAUGCGACGCGCGGUGUGGACGGUUUCGCUCCUUAUGUUCAUGCAGCUGAUCAAGAUAAACUGAAAAGUACGUUGAUCCAAAUGAAAAUAAAAGGGAUGUUAUAAACCAAAUAUCGAUUUCUAUUUGAGAGUAUAGGUGAGCUUUUGCGGAUGUAUGCAAGGAUGAGUAUGGAUGUGUGGGUGAGUGAGUGAAGAGACACCCAUUUAUCCACAUCUACGCCUUAUAGUCUGUUAGUAAAAAGAAUUCCAGGCACCAAUAUUCUAGAUUAUUUCUACCGUCAGUCAUUAUGCCCAGGAGAGCAUCGCAAGUUGGGCUAAGCUGCUUAGUAGUUUUCCACAUAUGAUCCAGAGCUCGAAACUGGACCGUAUUGUCGAAUAAUUUGAUCUGACUAAUUCUUUCAGCAUUUUUGAGAUACAUCAAAUGAGUCUCAAACCAAUCAACAAAUUCUUCAAUAUUAAUUAACUUAGGCACGCAAGGUGUUUCUGCGUCUGUUCCAUUCAGAAUGAAUCAUUCGUUAUUUCGAAUCAAUGAUUGAGCAAAUUCAAGUAUCAAACUACGCACGAGAGUCGUCCUGCCACUGCUCAGAUCUCCUAAUAUUACUAUUGACUGCCUUUUACCAAGAAACUCACUUAUUUUUUGCUGAAACAUCCAAUUGUUCUGUUUUAUUUCAAGAGACAGUAAUGUAAUGCGCAGGUGUACUAUCACUUUCGAUUGAAAUCUUCGCCGGAUAAUCGCCCGAUGAUAGAGAGGACACGUCAUAGCCCGUACAAGACAUAUCCAUAAAUUUCCAGAGAAAUUCGAAUAUUUGUCAAUUUCCUCUCAAUAAUUUCUCGAGAUUCAGCAGCGAGAGAAUAGUUUGGAUCUAUUAUUCAACUAAGAAAAUCGUUCAUAUUCUUAACGAAACCUCGCACUUCGAUUGUCAAAUGCAGAGAAAUACAUUUUUGUAGAUAAAACUCUAAUAAAGUAUCAUACUCUUUUAACAAUCAAUAUAGACUCUUUCGUUCUUCGAGUAGAAUUUCGCGUUGCUCCAAUUCAAGUUCAUCAUUUCGAUCAACUUAUUUUAGGCUAGAUUAUUGACCUGAGCUGAUUGUCUGGCUAACACGAAUGACACUUCUGUAGCGUGAUCAUUCCAUACUGCAAUCCCUCUUAUCCUUCCAUCGUCGUCACUGAUUUCUUGUGUACCGACUGGUUCGAGUGAGGCGAGAGUAUGCGAAAGUCGCCAACAGAAGAGUCGUAUUCAAUCAUCCGAGAACGUUUCAUCGUAGGAGUCGCAGAGCAUUCAGUUCUUCUCCGGCAAACAAGAACUCUUCAUAGAGGAUACGGCAGAUAAUUGUCGUGAACCGAAAGUUUUGUUUUUUAGGGUUUUAGCCUCUUCUUUGGGAAAUUUCUCAGUACGUGCUUGUCAUCAUCUUUG